AUGGCUACUCCCAGUGUCUUUACCUUCGAUGCUGAGGGUUGUGCUGUUGACUUUGAGGUCUGGGUUGAUGACCUCCAGCUGUUCCUACAGUGCGAUAGGGCAGACGGACUCUUCUUGUUUGAUCUCACCUCUGGUGCCUCUCCUGCCCCGCGUGCUACUGCUGACAGCACUGUUCGCUCACAGUGGACCACACGCGAUGCUGCUGCCCGUCUUACUGUGCGUUGCCACUUACCAACCACUGAGCGUGCGCACUUUAGCCAGUACAAGAGUGCUAAGACCUUGGACCACUUCCUCUCAGUUUGCCCCACCACACUCACCGUUGACCUCCUCGAGGAGCGCCUCCUAGCGGCAGAAAAGAGCGUAGUCGUUGUAGGAGCCUCACGUGGUGACCUCGCACCCCCGUCUUUGAGAGGUGUUCCCCUUCCCCCCUCUUGCCCUUUGUUGCUUCUGCUGCUGCGGCCGACCUCGUUGGUUUCGAGUCGGUCGGCGCUGCGUCUACCCCUAGCAGGAGACGCCGCACCGGCAAGGGCAAGGGGGGCAAGGGCGCUGGAGGGGCUGGCGGGGGCGGUGGAGGUGGUAGUGGAGGCAGUGGAGGGGGUGGGGGUGGUGGCGGAGGUGGAGGUGUCAGUGGCAGCAGUGGAUGCGAAGGAGGCGGCAGUGGCGGAGGGAGCGGAGGCGGCGGAGGUGGCGGAGGCGGCGGAGGUGGCGGAGGCGGCGGAGGUGGCGAAGGCGGCGGUGGCAGCGGUGGAGCUGGUCGCGGCUCUGCGCAGAGGAGUGGAUCAGGUGGUGGUCCGCGCCAGCAGCAGCAGCGCAAUCGUAGGACCCUGUCCCCUCAGCAACUUCGUGAGUGGUAUGCUGCGCGUCAGCGCGUGCGGGGGCCAGCACUCCACCCAGCGUUGCUUCGCCCGCCUGACGGAUGCGUGGCUUCACCAGUUCCCUGACGCCACUGAGAUCCCUCGCUGGGGAGAGCUGUCUAGGGCGGGGGUUGCUAUCUUUGAUCUUGAUUAUGAUGCUAUUCCUGCUGCCAUGUAUGCUGUGUGUGAUAGUGUUGAGGGUGACUGUUACCUGUGUGUUCCGCUUGACCGGGGCAUUGAGGCUACUGCUCUAGGUGCUGGUGAGGCUGCUGCUCUAGGUGCUGGUGAGGCUGCUGCUCUAGGUGCUGGUGAGGCUGCAGCUCUAGGUGCUAGUGCGUCUCUACCUCCCCUCGUUCUCUACGAACCUGGUGAGUGGAGCUGA